GCGGCCUCAAUCCGGGACUGUAAAUGGGGGCUAGCGAGGCGGCCGCGGCGUCUUCUCCCGACGCAGGAGUGCAGCUGCCGGCCCGUCCCCAGGAGGCACUUUCUCGCCGGCUCCUUCUGCGCUCGCCAUGGCACGCUGCCCCCGCUGCUGCACCCCGUUUCGAGCGGCCGUGGGGCUGAGCAUCGCCGGCCUCCUGGUACUCGGCUCCGGGGUAUUAUUGGUCGUCACGCUGCCGGCCAUCAUGGAGGAGCAGGUGGUCAAGAAUGUGCGCCUUGAUCCCAGUGGCAUGGCAUUCAACUUGUGGAAAGACCUCCCGGUGCCAUUUUUCUUUUCAGUCUAUUUAUUUGAGGUGCUGAAUCCACAGGAAGUUCUUCACGGAGGAAAGCCGGUAUUGACCCAACGUGGACCUUAUGUAUACAGGGAGUACCGAGAGAAAACGAACAUAACUUUCCAUGACAAUGAUACAAUCUCCUACUUAGAGUAUCGGAGUUUCUACUUCCGGCCAGAGCUGUCAACUGGGUUAGAAUCUGACUACAUUGUCAUGCCAAAUAUCUUGGUGUCGGCUGCAGCGGUGAUGUUGGAGGGCAUGCCGCGGGGCGUUCAGCUGAUUGUCAGCGCCACUUUUGCUGCCUUCGGACAGGGUGCUUUUGUGAACCGGACGGUGGGAGAAAUCUUGUGGGGUUAUGAUGAGCCGCUCAUCGACUUCCUGAACAACAUCAAGCCUGGCUUACUUCCCUUCAAAGGGAAAUUUGGCUUGUUUGCUGAAUUCAACAAUUCAAAUACAGGACUGUUCACGGUGUACACAGGCAUGAAGAACAUCAGCAAAGUCCAUAUGAUAGAUUCUUGGAAUGGACUGAAAGAGGUGUCCUACUGGAACUCUGAUCAAUGCAACAUGAUCAAUGGGACGCCUGGACAGAUCUGGCCUCCAUUUAUGACCCCUUCCUCACCUGUGGAAAUGUACAGCCCUGAUGCCUGCAGGUCCAUGAAAUUAAACUACAGUAGAUCCGGGGACUUCAAGGGAAUACCAACGCUGCGUUACGUGGCUCCAAAGAACUUGUUUGACAAUGGUACAGACUAUCCUCCCAACAAAGGCUUCUGUCCAUGCCGCCAGUCUGGAAUCCAGAAUGUCAGCAGCUGCCGAUUAAAUGCACCAGUAUUCAUUUCCCAACCACACUUCCUGAAUGCUGACCCAGAACUGUUAGAGACAGUGGAUGGCUUGCAUCCCAACGAAGAGCAGCAUGGGCUUUUUCUGGAUCUGCACUCGUUGACUGGCAUUCCUAUGAAUUGCUCCAUCAAGUUGCAGCUCAAUCUUUUUAUGAAGAAAGUCCCCGGCAUUUGGCAAACAGGGUCAAUCAAGACAGUCGUGUUACCUCUCAUUUGGUUCGCAGAGAGUGGAGAGAUAGGUGGGGAUGUCUUCACCAUGUACCGUACCUUUAUGGUGACUCUCCCUGCGGUGCUGAACUAUGCUCAGUAUAUCCUGGUCGCCCUGGGAGGUGUACUGCUUGUGACGGCAACUCUUCUUGGGCUCAAGAGCAAGAGAGAUGCUCGAGCAAAGACUCCACAGGUGCCAAAUGUACCAAAUGGCCAAAUUCAGGAGUCGGAAACUACGCCUCUUCUGCAAAAGGACUCAAACACAGUUCACUCCAGCAUUUUUUCCUGAUACUUGAUACCUCUGUUCCUCUUCACCAAGGAUCCUUAAUGAGCUUUUACCAAUAUAUGUGGCCUGGGUGUGGGUGGGCCCAGCAGAACAAACUCAGGUGUAUUUCCACCUGACUCUGGAAGAGUGGUAGGUGCACAUGGUUCUUCUCUUCUUGCACUACAGUAGCUUUCCUGAAAGCUGACCCCUUUGAAAAAAUAAGGGUGGUUAUCUCCAUGCCCUGAGAUUUUAGUGCCUUCACUCCAACAGCACCACCUUCCCAUUACAACCUAUCAAAAGUUUCACAUAAGAAUUAAAGUGGGGUGGGUUUGGAGAGCAGGAUGGAAUUUGCAUCUGUGUCAGAGUCUCCCUCUGAUUUUAUCCUAAGCACAACACCUUUCACUCCACAAGCAAUUAAAUGCUGUUGUCAUUCUUGUAUGUUUAAACCCAGCUGGAAACAUGAUGCAUACUUCCUUGCUUGCGCACGCACAAACUACAUUUUACAGAAGAAACACUCAGUUCUUCUCCACUUCAGGGCUGCUGAGGGUUGUAACACUUGGUGCUAAUUUUGGGGUGACAGAAGGGAAAGUGCCUUUAUUUUAAGAUUAUUCUGGGGACCAAAGUGGCACAGUAUCCUUGACUUAGCUCACCACCACCAAAGUGUUUCCAGUUUCAGACUUCUAAGACUUGCCACUUUAUCCCAGCUUUGUUACUGGAAAGGACCUGUUUUUAACAACUGUUGCCAAACACCAUUUCAUCAUAUUUCCCAUGCCAUAGUAUACAGAGAAUAUUCCAGAUGUGUGUCUUUUUUCAAGAGAAAAAAAUAAAGUAUUUGUGAGUCUUUCA